UAAAAUUUCACUGCAUUGUCAGCACGUGCGAUUUUUGUUUUCGUGUUAAUGAAAAAUAAAUUAAGGCCUGAAAUUAAAUUAAAUACGAAGCGAUAUGGCGGACGAAAAAUCCAGUGAUUACGAGGAAAGCCUCUCCACUAAAAUCAAGUCUGUGCGAUUCGCAGAUUUGCCAGUAAUAAACAGAACGACGGGAAGCGACAACGAAGAUGAAACUGAGAGCGAUCUAAACUCCGAUGACUAUUUCAAUGACUCCGACGACGCCGGCCAGUCGGCCAAGAAGCGGGAGAACUUCAACACACAAGCUCCUUCCAGUAAAAUCAAUACCUACCAACCAUCCGAGAAACUGUUCAAAAGAUAUGUCCACAAAAUCAAUGUGGACAAAUACGAACCCAUUAUGUCCAGCAAAACAGAGAAAUUCAUGAAUCAAAAUGACAGGAAAACAGACAAUGAGAGAAUCAGGACAAAGGACAAGCAUGAUCGGGCUACAGCAGAACAAGUUAUGGAUCCACGCACAAGAAUGAUUCUGUUCAAAUUGCUAAAUCGGGGUACAAUUAGUGAGAUCAAUGGUUGCAUAUCUACUGGUAAAGAAGCAAAUGUAUACCAUGCUACAUCCAAAGAUGGCCGUGAUUUUGCAAUAAAGAUAUUCAAAACUUCUAUUCUAGUGUUUAAGGAUAGAGAUAAAUAUGUGUCCGGAGAGUACAGGUUCAGAAAUGGGUAUUGCAGAUCUAACCCACGCAAAAUGGUCCGUACCUGGGCUGAGAAAGAGAUGAGGAAUUUGGUACGAAUGUUCAAUGCUAACCUAAAUGUCCCAGAGCCUAUUCUACUCAGGAGCCAUGUGUUAGUCAUGACAUUCAUGGGACAAGAGGGGUGGCCGGCUCCAAAGCUAAAAGAUGUUGAACUAUCACAAUCCACAGCCAGAUCUUUGUACAGAGAUUGUAUCACAAUGAUGUGGAAAAUGUACAAUAUCUGUAAAUUAGUACAUGCAGACUUGUCAGAGUUCAACUUACUGUACCAUGAAGGAAAUGUGGUUGUUAUUGAUGUAUCACAAUCUGUUGAGCAUGAUCACCCUCAUGCUUUAGAGUUCUUACGUAAGGAUUGCACAAAUAUCUCUGACUUCUUCAGAAAGAAGGGUGUAGCAACGCUCACAGUGAAGGAGUUGUUUGACUUCAUCACAGACCCAGUUAUAAAUGAGAGUAACCUGGAGGAUUGUCUGGAGAAGCUGUCGGAGAAAGCUGCGUCUAGAAAUUUUGAAGAAAUGACCGCACAAGAGCAGAUUGAAGAGGAGACUUUCAAAAAUGUGUACAUUCCUAAGAGACUUACUGAGGUCAUAGACUUUGAGAGGGACAUAAAGAAGGCCAGGGAAGGUGAUGUAGAAGACCUCACAUAUCAGAAGAUCACCGGCCUCAAGCCAGACCUGACUGGAACUACUAACAAACCUGACAUUCUGGACUAUGAUGAUGUGUCAGAGAGUGGCUCAGGAGAGGAUGGCAGCUCUUCAGGGGAUAUGGAGAACUCAGACCGGCCUACUGCAUUUGUGCCGAGCUGCCGCCCCCGCGACGAGUCGCCCGACAGUAAGAAAGCGAGGAAGAAGGCUGUCAAACAAGAGAAGGCAGAAAAGAGGAAAACUAAAGUGAAGAAACAUGUCAAGAAGAAGCGAGACAAAGCUAUGGGGAGGAAGUGAGAUGGCGCUAUUCACAUCAGUGCGUAUGAAUUUGCCUUGUCUAUUGGUUUUCGAAAAUGGCCCCAUUAUGAACGCAAAUUUGGAAUUAUUUCGUGUUUUAAAUGUCGCGAUGUGUAUAUAAGUAACUAACUAAAUGUGUACUUCGAGUUAUAAAUAUUAAAUAUUUAAGGGAAAUCAGAAAUAAAAUACAUUUUUAUUCAA